GCCGGCCCCUCACACCGCGGGGCUGGCCCGGCGCGCCGAGCUCGGCGCAAAACUGCGGCUGGCUGAGGGGAAGGAGCGCCGGGAACCCGCGGGGAAAAGCAGCCGCUUUCUGAAAAGGCUCGCUGAUUUCACGCUGUGAAAAACUGCCGGCAAUUCUCAGGGAACUUCCUGAGACAGCGGCAGAGGAGCGGCGGGACUGGGGAGAGCGGCGGGACUGGGACGGCGUUAAAGGAAACCCGGCAGGGGUUGCGAGAGCAGCGGAGGAAACUGGGCAGGGUUUGGGACAGCGGCGAAGGAAACCCGGCGGUGUCUGAGCAGUUGUGGAUUGGCAAAGAAAAACAGCCCAAGUUUCAAAAAGAGCGGGCUUUCAAGGAAAAAUACAGUUCCGAACCGCGUCGGUGAAGAGGCGAGUGCCGUGCUGCGAGGACAGCGUUGUCCCGGGGGUCCCAUGGCUGCGCGGCGCUGGAGGGGUCUCCCCUUUGGGAAUCUCUCUGACUGUCCCAACGGCUCCCGCUGGAUCAUGGAUGUGUUCAACGAGUGUGCCCAGGACAGCCGGGAUGUCGCCAGCGUCGUCCUGGGGCUGGGCUCCAUCGCCUGCUUCAUCGCCGCAGCCUUCCCGCAGUUCUACCAGGCCUGCAGAACGGGCAUCAUGGACCAGGCUCUCUCCAUCUAUUUCCUGCUGGGAUGGCUGGGCGGAGACCUCCUCAACCUCAUCGGGUCCUUCCUGGCUGAUCAGCUGCCCCUGCAGGUGUACACGGCCAUCUACUACGUGCUGGCAGACCUGGCCAUGCUGUCCCUGUACUGCUACUACCGGGUGAAGAACGGGGGCAGAGCCUUCCCUGCUCCCAUCAAUGCAGCCUUUGUGUUCCUCUCCGUGGGGUCCCUGUCCAGCCUCUCCCUCCUGGGCAGUGCCAGCCCCGAGGCUCCAGGGCCUUUCAAAGGGAGGUCUCUGCUCUCAGCUCCUGGGGAUGAGCUUGGACCAAAGCCUUUCUCCAGGACUGAAAUCAUUGGAUUUACCAUCGGCUCCAUCUCCUCCGUGCUCUACCUGUGCUCCCGAGUGCCCCAGAUCUGCACCAACUACAAGAGGAAAUCCACCAGCGGGGUCUCCUACUCUCUCUUUGCCCUGGUGAUGCUGGGGAAUUCCCUGUACGGCCUCAGUGUCCUCCUGAAGAACCCGGAGCCAGGCCAGGGCCAAGGUGACUACAUCCUGCACCACCUGCCCUGGCUGGUGGGCAGCCUGGGCGUGCUGGCCCUCGACGUGGUUAGCCUUGACCUCUCCCCAGAUCUCCUUCCAGUUCCUGGCCUAUCGGAAAGGACGGCCUGGCACCCUCGAGGAGAGGGGUGCUCUGCUGGGGGAGCCAGAGGAGAGCCCAGAGAGCUGACAGAGGGACCUGCAGGGAGAGGAGGAGGAAGAGGAGGAUGCACAGGAGGAAGGUGGCCUUAGGGCUGGGCACACCAGCCCCUUCAUCCUGGUGGCUCCUGGCAGAGGAGGCCCCGAGGCCGUGGGUGACACGUUGUGCUGCCAAGGAGGUGGCAGAAGAUGCUGCUGGGAUACCUGGUGCCUCUUUGAUACCAAUGAUGCUUUCAGGAUAAAAGGGAAUUUUUGGAUACUUCAGUUGCUCUUCGCUGCUCCAGUGCCCCACAGCUGAGCCUGGUCACUGCUGUGUCUGCCAAGGGUGAUGUGGAAUUUCCUUGGUGCUGAAAAACAUGGGGAGAGCCUGAGUGGGGAGGGGACAGGGUGAGUGACCUGCCACAGACACAGCCCUGUGACCUCAGAACUGCCCCCUCAGCUCCUUCUGGAAGACACACAGGGCUGCAUCCAGUGGGGAAGGAGCAGCAGAACCAAAGAGUCCAGUCCACACCUAUUUUAAUUAGCACGGCUCACCCAUCUAUAAAACAUGUCCUUCCCCACCUGCCUCCUUUGGUUUCAUUUUGCUGCUUUACCUGGCAGCUCCUGCCUCUUUCCUAAUGAGUCUCACAGUCCCAUUCUCUGACUUCUCAUUUUUUGCCUCGCCCAUGUUUUAAUUGCAUGGAUUCUCUUGGGAAGUUGCUCCAUUGCUGUUUCCCAGCAGAAGAGCUGCUUCUCUGCUCGCUCUGGUUUUCACUUCCUGCCCUCUCUCCUUGAUGAGUUUAUCAAACUGACAAAUUUAUCCUCAACCUGAUGAAUUUAUCCUCAACCUGAUGAAUUUAUCCCCAGCACUGAUGAGUUUAUCCACAAAACUGUUGAGUUUAUCCCCCUCUAGGGGCCCUGAACUCAGCACAGUGCUCCUCGAGCAGGGAAGGACAGGAGGCAGGGCUGGGCUGGGAAAAGCUGUGUCCCAGCAGGAGAGAGGAGGUGUAGCCAGGCUCCCUCCCGUGGGCUGAGCUCUUCCUGCAGGGGAUGAGCAGCUCAGUCUGGGAAAAUGAGAAAAACCAACCAAAGCUUGGAGACCCUUCAGGAAAAACUGUCACAGCUUGGCCUUGUGAAAACAAGAGCUUUCCUUUCCUGCAGUUCCUAUCAGCUCUUCCUUUUGCUUCCCUUUCCCCUCCAGCUCCCUUCCUGGUACCCAGCAUCGUGUCUCUUUUGGCUUUAGCUCCAUUAUCAUUAAUUUACGGUUCCUCAGCCAGUCCAUGACAUUUGUCCUUCCCAAGGAAGUUUCUGUGCUUUCUUCUCACACUGAGGACACCAAUCCAUGGAUCUCACAUUAAAUGGGAUCCAGCUGCUCAGUGCCCACCAAGCUGCAGCAGCAGCUUCAUGGGAACACAGGCUGGGCCAGUUCUUGGGCCUGAGCCAGCUGUCUUCAGAAAGGAAAGGCACUUUUCAUUCUUGAACCAAGUGAGUGAGUUUUUACUGGAUUAAUUAAGGAUUCUGCCCCUCCAGAUUCACAGGCAAUGGGGCUGCUCACCUCAUCCUGAAGCAGCAGCAUUUCCUGUCUUGUCUUUCCCCAGGAAUUGUCGAACAAUUCAUCUCCUGUUUUAAUCCAAACCAUGAGCAAAUCCCUCAUCUCUGCCACUACAACACAAAAUAAUUGUCACAUACUGGCUUUUCCCAAACCUGGACAAAGCAGCUCUGCCAUAAGGAGGAAAGAGUGCAGAUAUAUAUAUAUAUAUAUAUAUAUAUAUAUUUAUAUUUUUAUAUAUAUGUUUAUUUUUAUAUCUAUAUUUUAUAUAUAUAUAUAUAUGUAUAACUUAUUUAUUUAUAUAUAUAUAUAUUUGUAUCACACAGUCUGUCCCCACGGGUGCACCUGAGGCACGAGUUGGGUACAAAGCUGAUGGACUCUGACUUUCCUUGGGCUGGGCAGGAUGGAGCAAGGCCAGCAGCUGCACCCAGAGCUCACACAGAGUGGCUGGAAUUCCCGAGGCUCCCAUCCCUCCCAGUCACUGCUGCAGCCCUGUCCCUGUGAUCAGGAUUUUGCAGAGGCAAAUGUUAAAGCAGAAAAGGCCGAGCAGGAGCAGCCCCCCUGAGGGAGAGGAUCACUGAAAACCUCAGCAGAUCUCCCCUCCCAGGCUCCAGAGCUCACACAAACAUCUCCAGCUCCAGGAAAGGUUUGUGCUGGGACAGAACCCUGAGGCUGCAGCCAAACCCAGUGUUCCCUGAGGGAUUUUCCCAGCCUUUCCCAGGCUGUGUCCCACAGGAGCUCCUGCAGGUCUGGGUGAACUCUGGCCACGUGCAGGAGUCUGGGUGGGACACAGGUCGUGUACAAAACCAAACUGGAGCACAUUAAUUAAUCCCUGUUAAUGCCAGCAGUCCCCCCUUGCAGAGGGUCACACAGGGCAGUUCCCAGGGGCAGGGAGAGCCCAGCAGAUCUCUCUGUGCUUCCCCCAGGAUUAGGUUGGGUACAACCAGAGCCUGCAGCAGGCAGGGAACCCAAAGCUGUGCCAGGUCCCUCUGCCCACCAAGGGCUCAGGAGGGGACGCUGGGGAGGGUCACCGGUGACACAGGGAGGAGCUUUUGGGUCAGGGGAUGGGAGGAACCACCCACCCCAGCACAGCUGCUCUGCCCAGGGCUGCACACAGGAGCCCCCAGGCUGUGCUCACCCUUCUCCCCUGCCAAUCCACGUGCUGGAUGCCUGGAGCACCAACCCCAGCACCUUGGAUGGGCAGCAGAGUGAGUGACACAAGGCCAAAGAGCAGAGGGACAUCACAGCCCCUUCCACACAAACAUUUCUGAUGUGGGACAAAAAAAAACCCCACGUAAACCUGCAAGGAAGGAAAGGGAAACAAGGAAGACACAAUCACACAAACAUCUUCCUGGGAUUUUUUUUGGUUGUUUUUAUUGUUUUAGUCUUUUUUUUUUUCUUUUCAUUUUUUCCAUUUUUUAGUAUGGAGGCUCAAGUAUCAGAUGUAGAUUCAAUUUAAGCUUUACAAAAAAAACAAAAAAUCAAAACAAAAACCCCUUUUGCAUUCCAUAAAAAUUGACAGAAAAGCGCCUUGGAACCAGGCUAUAGAAGAGCAGAACUUUCAGCAGGUCUCGAAAUCACCAUCUCCUGCACAUCUGGGUUACUCAGUAUUGUACAACCCCAAGGAACACCCUCUCUUCCCUCCCUCCCUCCAGCCAGCCCCUGUGCCCAGCCCCCAAACAUACGUGGAAUAGAUUAUUUUUCUUUUUUUUUUUUUGUUUUUCCAGUUCUUCCUCUUUCACACACCACAGUAUUUAAUAAAUUUUUGUUUUACAUUUUUUA